AUGUUCCGUAUGAUGGAAGAGUCGACAGGGUGGCAGUACCUUCGAGGCGACGAAUUAGGGUUGAUCGGUGCGCGUCGGCGAGGGAAGUACACGAACUUGCCGUUCGUAGUGGACAUCUGGUAUUUCUUGAACGGUGGUACGGGGAGAGUCAUCAACGUCAUCAUCACGGAUAACAGGUGGAUGUCGAAGUACCGGGAGCGCGGGUACCGAGCAUUCGCAGAGGGUGGUAUCCAGUUGAAAAAUCCCAAAAAACGCGGUAAUUACCGCGUUUUAGAAUUUCCAGUUACCGUGAAUUAA